AUGGCGUCAAUAACAGAACAGUUCAACGAUAUCAUUAGUAUAUACUCUGCAAAAUUAGAACAUUCAUCUCUAAGGCAGGAUUCGCCGGAAUAUCAGGGCUUAUUACUUUCCACGAUUGAGAAAUUAUUAAACUUAAGAACCGCAAUUUUCGAUAGGUUGGCAUUGUUUAGUACCAAUGAGACCAUUGAUGAUAUAUCUACUACUUCCAUCAAAUUUCUAGCAGUUGAUUAUUAUUUGGGAUUGUUGAUAUCAAGACGACAGUCGAAUGAUUCGGGUGUUGCUCAAAGGCAGUCUAUGAAAUUGAUUUACCUGAAGAAAAGCAUUGAGUCUUUCAUUAGUUUCUUAACAAUAUUGCAGGAUUAUAAGCUUCUGGAUCCUUUGGUUAGUGAAAAACUAGGUAACUUCAAGGAUCGUUAUAAACCACAGCUGAGCGAAUUAUAUGCGCAACCUAAAAAUGAUAAAGAUUUAUCUGGAGCGCAGUUAAAGAGGAAAGAGAAGAUUGAGCUAUUUCAGCGCAAUAAAGAAGUUAGUGCAAAAUUGCACUACUUAGAAUUGGAACUAAGAAACGAUGGCGAGGACCACGACCAUGAUGAAUUACUAAGAGAACUAUAUCUGGUGAGGCUAAGCCAAUUUAGUCUUGAUACGUUCAACAAUAUUGAACAAAAUUUAUUUGAAUGUGAAAUGCUCUCUAACUUCCUCAAGAAUUCCUCACAUGAAAUCGAAUCACCUAGUACUCAAAUAAGAAAAGAAUCGAACGACAAUGAUUCCACUGGCUUUACCGAUAAAUUAGAAAACAUAAAUAGGCCUUUGAUAGACAAAAAAGGCCAAGUCUUGAGGAACUUCACACUUGUCGACAAGAGGCAGCAGUUGCAACAAAAAGUGCGAGGAUACGGUCAAUAUGGACCAACAAUGUCGGUGGAGGAAUUUUUAGAUAAAGAAUUUGAAGAUGGUCGAGUUCUUCAAGGUGGUGAAGAACCAGAGCAAGUACCGGAUGAAGAAAACAUGCACUGGCAAGAUAAAGAAACUUAUAAAGCUCGUGAAUGGGACGAGUUCAAGGAAAGUCAUGCUAAAGGAAGCGGAAACACCAUGAAUAGAGGAUAG